GAGCAACAUUAGCAGUGGAAGCCUCAUAGCUCUCGACCAUCGGUAAUUGAUGUUGGUUUUCAAAGUGUGGCAGUUAUGCUUUGAGCUGUGCUGGUUCACAAGCGACUUCAAAACCAAUCAGGCUGAAGUGCUCAUUGUUUCACUGGACAAAAAGAUGAACCAAAUAUACUUUAGUAGAGAAGUCGAAGAUUGUGGUGAAACGUUGAUUUACUGGAUGGCUGUCCAUAUUUCUUCAUUAUAUUAUGGUGUGGUUCGGUUGCUUGAUGUUAAAUUUUGUACAAACACGCUAGCCUACAUCAGCAUCGAGCAGUAUCAGUCUGAUGUAUGCGUUCUUUCAUAA